AUGCAGCAGGCCUUGGAAAUGCAAGCUGAAAGAAGGCACCAAUUCGUUCUGGAUCAUAUCUAUCGGGAGGCUAACGCACAUAUAGCUCAUCUGGAAUCCACAGCAGAUGCCAAUCACAGGCAGCAGAUCGACUUUGUGCGACAGUCAACAAUGGUCCUGGUAGGCCAACUCCACAGCGAGACGCGUGUCCUCGAACACAUUGCACAUUCAGAACAGGCCGCAGCACGAUCCUUGCAGAACCAGCUAGAACGCACUGAAAAGGAAUGUCAUGAUGAAAGGUCGUCGGCAACACAGCUUCGUGCACACCUCGAGUCGGCUGUACGAAUGCACGCCGCGGAAAACAGACAGCAUGAACACGCACGCACCGAGCUUCGAACAGCCUUUGACGAUAACAGAAACCAGCUUUUGGAGUACUUGGGUCAAGAGUUUGAAGAAAAGCUUCAAUGGGAAGAAAACGAAUGCAACUUCAGGCUAACCUCUGAGGAGCAGCAGUAUGACAGCUUGAUUGUCGAUCUGGAGGAUCGGAACGCGGAGCUUGUAGCUGAGGUCAACUCUCUAAGGGAGGUCCCGCCGUUUCUUCAGGGCGUAUUGGGAAGGACUCAGAGGUUCAACAUUGGUGAGCCUCAGGAUUCGCACGCCCCCGGUGUGGAGUUGUCAACUGCUGAGCUGAGUGAUUUGAAAGAACCGGCAAACAUCAGGGAGCCCAAGCAGGCCGCUGAGAUAUUAGCCGAGGCUCUGAAAUCAGCAAUCAAGAAGCCUGAAGACGACGACAAGCCCAAGGCUAAAGAAGCCGAAUCGGUCAAACUACCCGACUUCCCCAAUCCUGAGACCUAUAGAAGUUGGAAAAUCACAGUCAGGGAAGCUGUGAGGGCUGCAUCCGACAAGCCCGACGAAGCUUUCAAAUGGGUCCAAGAGGUCUACUCGAAAGAGGCUGACAUUGAGAAGCUCAGGGAAACAGGCAAAUUUCUCACGCUAGACACCAAAAUCCUUUCGUCGCUUUCUCGAGUUGCAAGAGGGGAUCUUGGACGCCAGAUCAUCAACUACAAGGAGUCGGUUUUGCUCAUGUUUGAGCACUACUUUUAG